UUUCGACCUGACCUCGUCCCCUCCGACAACCGUGCCAUUUGCGCGUUAGCUGUCACUUGCUCAUUCUACCCCUCGACUUCCCCAACCAUGGUCGUGCUCGCAGCGUCCAUAUGCACCCGCGGGGGCAAGGCUGUCCUGUCGCGCCAGUUCCGCGACAUUGCUCGCUCCAGAAUCGAGGCUCUUCUCGCAUCCUUCCCAAAGCUCGCCGAUUCCGGAACCCAACACACCACUGUCGAGCAAGACAAUGUCCGCUUCGUCUACCAGCCUCUGGACGAGCUAUACAUCGUCCUGAUCACCAACCGCCAGUCCAACAUCCUGCAGGACAUCGACAGCCUGCACCUUUUCGCCCAAGUGACCACCAGCAUCUGCAAGAGUCUGGAUGAGCGGGAGAUCCUGCGCAAUGCCUUCGAGCUCCUGAGCGCCUAUGAUGAAUUGGUGACCCAGGGGUACCGGGAGAACCUGUCCCUGACCCAGAUCAAGACAUUCCUGGAGAUGGAGAGUCACGAGGAGAGAAUACAGGAAAUCAUCGAAAGGAACAAAGAACUCGAAGCCACCGAGGAGCGCAAGAGAAAGGCCAAGCAGCUCGAAAUGCAACGGAAGGAGGCCGCCAAAAGCGGCCGUGCGAUGGCCCCCAGGACUCCGUCCUACCCCGUCUACACUCCCCCGGCUCGUCCUGCUGUGCCCGAUACCUACGAUACCUACGAGGCGGAGAAGAAGAAGACGUUCGCCAAGCCGUUACCCACCCGCGGCAAGGGUAUGCAGCUCGGCAAGAAAUCCAAGACUACCGAUAUCUACGAGAAAGUGCGCGGCGAUCUUGGCCCCGAGGUGGAAGAGUCCAGCCCGUUGGUGACCCCACAAGUCGCAACCCCGGUCGGCGAGAAGCUGGCCUCCGCUCGUGCUUCGCUGUCCACGGACCGGGAGCCGGUCCACAUCACCAUUGCCGAAACCAUCUCCGCUACGCUUACUCGGGAGGGUGCCCUGAAGUCCUUCGAAGUCAAGGGUGACCUACAACUGCGAAUCUCCGACCCGGCUUUCACCAAGCUCAGGCUCGAUCUCCACGCCAUCCCCACACACGGUGCCCAGUUCCGCACCCACCCCAACGUCGACAAAGCUCUCUUUACAAGCUCCUCCGCCAUCCAGCUGAAGGAUACCUCGAAGCGAUUCCCGGCCAACAACGCGAUUGGUGUGCUGCGCUGGCGGGUCGCUAGCUCGGGGUCGGACAACGCCGAAAUUCUUCCCAUCACAUUCACCGUGUGGGUGAACAAGGGCUCUGACUCGACCACCGUCACCGUUGAGUACGAGCUCACCGGCUCGGAUAGUCUGCGUGAUGUGGUCGUCACCAUCCCAUACGGCGCGUCUGAGCCAGCGGUGUCCAGCUUCGACGCCGUCUACGAAGUGUCCGGGGACAGUCUGGAUUGGAACAUCGGCACUGUGGACGAAAGCAACGCCUCCGGUAGCUUCGAAUUCGAAACCGUGGAUGACGGAGACGAGAACGAGUUUUUCCCCAUGAACGUGCAAUUCUCCAAGGCCACACCUUUUGUUGAGGUCGAUGUCAACGACAUCACCCUUUUGGAAAUGGAGGGGCAGAGCACUGGGUUCUCCAAGGAUGUGAAGAGCGUCGCGGAAGCAUAUGUCAUCGAGUAAACCUUUCUCAUUUCUUCGUCGUUUGGGUGUAUAGAGUACUAAUGACGUUCGGACCGCCCUUUUGAGGUUUCUCUGCGAGUUAUUUUUCUAUGCCUUCUGUCCAGGAUCUCUUUUUUUUUUUUCUUUUUCUCUCUCUUUUUCUUCUUCUCUUUCCCCCCCUGUUUGAUUCUCCAAUUCGAGCCUAUUGCGCAUACUUGUGUCUACUGCUGGCCAUUCCCCGUUUCCUAUCAUUCG